AUGUACCGAUACUUUAGACAACAUUUUCAGGUUCUGCGUCGAGAGCAUUGGACAGAUUCCGGAAGUGUUCAUCUCAGGCUCGAAUACUGCUUGCCCACCUAUGCCAACGGAGAAGAGGCUCUCAUCAGCACGCCCAAGGCCAGGCGCAUCGUCUGCUCGUUUUCUGCUCCACCGCAGGACCAUAUUCACCUCUUUGCUAUGGGGGCUCUCGACUCAAAAGACCCGGAGAAAUGGGGCGCCGCAACAUCACGACCUCGAGUGUCACUUCUGCGGUAUGCGCGGUUCCGUUUGAAGCAGAUCCUCAUCGUGCUCUGCGCGCUCGUGUUGAUAUCCGGCUUCGCAGCGCACAAUGUCCAUCGCCAGGACGCAGUCAGACCGGGUGUAUCAUGGAUAGAAGCCAAUGGCGUAGCAUUUUUGCGGGGCAAGAGCAAGAUGGGAGGAGACCCGAAGGAAGCGCUACCCGUCAAUCACCUUCCAGCCGACAUGGACGAGUUCGAAUCGCUCGCGACCAGCAUCGCGAAAGACUACGAUGCGAACGAGAUCAAGUAUCGCGAGAUCUUUGCUCUGACUCCUGUGGAUCGCAAGCUCAUCCCCGUGAAUUUCAACCGUCAGUCGGUCAUCGAUCCGAUGAUCCUACCUCACCCGACCGAGCACGACAUGUGGAUUAUUCUCGCUCGCCGUGCUCGCCCGUCGGGUGAUGGACUUUCAUGGGAUGCGGAUCGUAAUGACGGUGAGCGGGCAGAGGCGGAGUCUACGGAGGGCCAGUUCAGCGACGACGAGUCCUCCGAACGAACGUCACUCAAGCAGGCAUCGAGGAUUGCAGAAUUGGCCACGGAGGGGUUGAGAAAGGAAGAAGACGGCGAUGACCAACCAACGCAGCCCACAUGGACUGAGGAAGAAUUGUCCCGGGCAGAAGCAAUGACGAAGGCGUCAUCCAAGAAGCAACCCAUCGGAGAGCAGCAUGCCGAAGAUAAGCAGAAGCGUCACCUUCACCGCCGAGACGAGCACUUCAUCGACGAGCAGAUAGUGUGUCCUGCUGCACGGUGGAACGAGCACGAUGGCUUACUAGACUGCAUCUCGGACAUCGCGCCGAUUCCCCAGCCAGCCAUUGUUGAUGAGGCCUGCAGAGGAAAGACCGACGCUCGUGUCUUCUACGGGCCGGACGUUCCUUUUGUGACCUAUGGACCUCGCCACGACGCCGAAUGCUCCGGUGGCUGGACUCAAGAUGCACGCUCCAUCCUCUCGCCCUUUCAUUUUGAAGAGUUCCUCGGACCGCGCCACUUUCACAACGCCACGCGGAUGGGCCAUCUAGAAGAUCUCGCACCCGCGGAUUCGAAGUCGUUCUAUUUCUGGGACAGUCGAGGCGACAUGUUCAUUCAACGAAGUCUCUUUCCACGGCGGGUACUCGGCAAGAUUCAUGCAAAUGGAGCCGUGAGUCGAGAUCUUGCGCCGACGAGCAGGCAUGUGGACCAGGUGUGUUUUGGGACUGUGGUGCCCGAGUUCGCGCGAGGCAGGGAACACCUCGAGCAGGCCACCAACUCGCUCUCCAUCACAAUGUGCGAACGCACAGAUCCCAAAUGUGUCGUUAGCGAUGACACCACCUUCAUCGCGAGCAUGUUCCACAUCAAGUCUUCGACCGACGAAAAGCUCUACAAGCCGUACGUGGUCUUGUUUCGGCGGAGUGCGCCAUUCUCCUUGCACGCCAUCGCUGCAAGACCGCUGUGGGUGCACGGGCGGCCGGACGUCUACUCUAUCACGAGUAUGAGUUGGAAGGGCCAUUCGCAAAAGUAUCACGGCUACAUGGACGACCAAAUAUUUCUCGGACUAACUCUUGGAGACUCGCAAUCUGGAGCUAUCGAUGUCCAUGCGAGGGACAUUCUGCAAGACCUAGACAUGUGCUGAGCGUGUAUGAAUUGCUUGCAAUUGUUUCAUUCUGCGCAUCGAAUUAAUCCCGAAACAGCGCAGGGAAGUGCAAG